CACCAAGAGCACACACGAUUGCUCCCCUGCUCCCCAGACCUGCACCCGCUGCUCCUCCCACAAUCCCCGCUGACGGGGCUGGCAGGACCCCUCCCGGGCACGGCCGACAGUCCCACUGCCUGGUCCGCCGGUCACCGCUCCCUGCUUUGGGCUGUCCCCGCUCACCCGAUCUCUACCCACAGCUCGCCGCGGGAACUAGCUGUCCCUUCGGUGCAGGGACGCGGGGAGAAGUGAAAAGCGGUAUCUACAUCCUUACAUCCACAUCUGCACCCUGUACCAGCACCCCGCAGCCGCAGCCGUCGCCCGGGCGCUCCUUGGCACCGGCCGGGACGGGGGGUUGGCGGGGGCCCGGAGCUGCAGCAGGAGGGGAAGGACGUCGAGGCGGCGAUGAGACUCCCCCUGGCUUUCGCCGUGCUCCUCCUGGCCUCGGCGCGGGCGCUGGCCGAGGAGAUGGCCGCCUCCGACGACCUCAGCUACUGGUCCGACUGGUCGGACGGUGACCAGGCGAAGGAGGAGCUGCCGCUGCCGCUGGAGCACUUCCUUCAGAGGAUGGCCCGGAGACCCCGGCCCCAGCAAUUCUUCGGCCUCAUGGGCAAGCGGGAUGCUGGAUAUGGCCAGAUCUCUCAUAAAAGGCAUAAAACAGACUCCUUUGUUGGACUUAUGGGCAAAAGAUCUUUAAAUUCUGGACCCUCUGAAAGGAGCAUAGCACAGAAUUACGAACGGAGGCGUAAAUGAGACAUCCCCGUGUAUUAUUUAUUAAACUUCGUUUGUUCUAAUGGCCAAUGCAGUGUAAUAUAAACUAACCACUGUAUGGAAUAAUUAUUUAUUUAAUAAUAACUGAUGGGUUGGUUUCUGUUUUGUUUUGGGGUGGUUUUUUGAGUUGUACAUUCAAUAAAAUGAUUAUUUUUCACAUUGUGGCAGUGACACGUUGUGUAGGUGAGUUGUGGUUCCAAAAGGACCGGCAGCCCUGGUGACAUCUCACAAUAAAGCACAUCAUUUGAUAUGACCCGUAAAGUUAUGUUCACUAAACGAAGAAAGUAUUAUUUUGUUCAUUGAAAGUGAGUCUUAUCAGCUUCACAGCCAGUGCAGAACCGAGCGGAUGUACAGUCUAGUGCCUCAAUUUGUUUUCAUGGUUUAUAAUGUACUGUAAUUUCCAUAUCAAAAAAUAUAUUUGUAUCAUUGCAGCAUGCUUUAUGUUUGUGACUACGUAUCUAUAUAUUUUAAAAAGGGGGUGGGUAAGGUCAAAUGGGAAUCCAAGGUCUUCAUUUCAUAGUCUGGAAUUUUAUGAUAGUAACAUUUUAAAUAAAAACUACUCUGGGGCUUUUGCAACAUA